AUGAACCGCUCUGCUGACCUGACCACCUUCACUGUCCCCUCUGAAGGAAUCAUCAGCCCUCCUUUGUUCUUCAGAGAGGAGCACCUAGGUCGGGGGACAAGGACCAACAUCCUCCUGGGCACCCUCCGGGUCCGAGGCGAGGAGGACGAUGAGGACGCCGGCUUGUCCUCCUACCAGGAGGUCAAGGUGGUCCUCAAGGUGCUGGGCUCCAUCCACAGAGACAUCUCCCUGGCCUUCUUUGAGACGGCCAGCAUGAUGCGACAGGUGUCCCACAAACACAUAGUGCUGCUUCAUGGAAUGUGUGGCCGCAACUUGGAGAAUAUAAUGGUGGAAGAGUAUUUCCAGCUGGGUCCUCUUGAUCAGUUCAUGAUGAGGCAGCAAGUCCCACUCAGCACUUUGUGGAAGUUCCAGGUGGCCACGCAGCUGGCCUCAGCCCUCAGCUACCUGGAGGACAAGAAGCUGGUCCAUGGCUUCGUGUGCACCAAGAACAUUUUGCUGGCCAGAGACGGCCUGGAUGCCAGCGAGGGAGGACCUUUCAUCAAGCUCAGUGAUCCGGGCAUACCCAUCACUGUGCUCACCAGAGAGGAGUGUGUGGGCCGCAUCCCGUGGAUCGCACCAGAGUGCAUCAAGACGGUGAACAACCUGAGCGUGGCGGCUGAUAAGUGGGGCUUCGGGACCACCCUGUGGGAGAUCUGUUACAACGGAGAAGUGCCCCUCAAGGACAAGAUGCUCACGGAGAAGGAGCAGUUCUACAGCGCCGAGUGCCAGCUGGCCACCCCGGACUGCGAGGAGCUUGCUCAACUGAUGACCCACUGCAUGAACUAUGACCCCAAGAUGAGACCAUUCUUCAGGGCCAUCGUCAGAGACAUGGACAUGCUGGUGGAACAGAACCCGUCCAUCAAGCCGGUACCCACGCAGGAAGUGGAUCCAACACGCUUUGAGAAGAGGUUCCUCCGGAAGAUCAGAGACCUUGGAGAGGGUCACUUCGGCAGGGUGGAGCUGUGCCGCUAUGACCCCCGCGGAGACCGGACCGGGGAGAUGGUGGCCGUCAAGUCCCUGAAGCCCGAGAACCGAGAGGAGCAGAACAACAACCUGUGGAAGGAGAUCGGGAUCCUGAAGGAGCUCUAUCACGAGAACAUCGUCAAGUACAAGGGCAUCUGCCAGGAGGAGGGAAGCCCGGCAAUCAAGCUUAUCAUGGAGUACCUUCCUGAAGGCAGUCUGAAGGACUACCUGCCCCGCCAUCGGAACAAGACCAUCAAUGACCUGAUUAGCUACGCCGUGCAGAUCUGCAAGGGGAUGGAGUACCUGGGCCGGCAGAACUACAUCCACCGGGAUCUUGCGGCGCGUAACGUGCUGGUGGAGAACGAGUCGACGGUGAAGAUCGGAGACUUCGGCCUCACAAAGAGCAUCAAGGAGAACAAGACAUACUACAAGGUCAAUGACGACCACGACAGCCCCGUCUUCUGGUAUGCCCCAGAGUGUCUGCUCCAGCGUAAGUUCUUCCUGGCGUCUGACGUGUGGUCCUUCGGCAUGACCCUGUACGAGCUCAUCACGUAUUGCGACCCCCACUCCAGUCCCAUGGCGCUGUUCCUCAAAAUGAUGGGCAAGACUCAUGGUCAGAUGACCGUCACCCGAUUGGUGACCAUUCUGGACGAAGGGAAGAGGUUGCCACGACCAGAACCUUGCCCAGAGGAGGUGUACAACCUGAUGCGCAAGUGCUGGGAGCAUGCCCCAGAUAUGAGGAUCACCUUCCAGCAGCUGAUCGAGGACCUGUCCCGCAUGCUGCAGAAGCCCUGAGCCCAGAGCUCUUUCGCCAGCUCGGUCCUUCAAUAGUACCACACCCCCACGCCCCCUCUAUCCUUGCCCACAGGUGUAACCGAGUUUGCGCUGGAUAGACGACACACGCACACUCACUCGCUCACUCACACAGUACAACUCAGGAGUCUGGGUUCCAAGGACUACAUGUACACAGAUGUCCUCUGCUUCUGUUAUGUCCUCCAAACUCACACACAUACACUGUAAACCGGACAUUCUCCAGAUUAUACCCGGAGGGGCUAUAUGUGUGACAGCAAAUGCCAGAACCCGCCCCUCCGGGGUUAAUCCGGCCAGGCCCCCAGUAUGAAGUCCGGAGAAUUCACAACGAGCGAUUGGGCGUGUUGAUGUUUCUAUCAUGCGACUGGCGCGAAACCGGGAGCACGGAGUGUAUCUGCUUCAUACUUUUCUCUUCUCGCAAUUCCCGCUUCCCACCCUUCUGUUGAUAUUGUGGAUGCGUCGAAAUAAAGGUAGUAUUUACAUCGCCACAAAAAGGGUCAGCAUUCGAUGUCUUAGCAGCCCCACCCGCCAUCUUCGAUGUGUUUUAAACAAAGCACUGUGACUUCCGCUGCAUAUUUUUUGCGUCACGUCCGGCCUCCUACACGCUCCAACAAGGCACCACUCCUCUCCCAAGGUAUACAGAGUAUCUCCAAUAUGUGUGAACACGUCUGAUGCGGCUCAUCUCUGGCUGUGUGGUGCAUCUGUGAAAGGGCACCUCCGGAUCAUGUCCGGACCCGAUUCCCCAGAGAUGAUCCGGGGAUAAUAUGCGAAAUGCCUAUUACGCUUACUUUGGUAGCACUAUUUUAUCACGCGAAUAAUGUUUUUAUUUUAAUGAAAUGUACGCCAAAUGCAUUGAAACUGUAUUCCGCUGUAAGAAAUACCACUGUGGAAAAACAAACAGGGCAAUUCUCAGAUCAUUACCUGCAUUAAGCUUUUAUUUUUAUUUUUUUAAGUUCAAAGAAGGACCCACUUUUUAUUUGCCUACAAAGGCCCACUGAGAGAUCUCUCUCCCUCUAUUUCUUUCAAAUCCUUAAAAAUGUUCCCUCAUUUAUCUGUACCACUAUGAUUCAGUUUUUGCCUACUUGAUAAGGUUAUUUUGCUUGUUAUAUUUUUUCUCAUGGGACAUGACUACCGGUAUAUCCGCUGUAAUUUGUCCUCAUGGCCCUGAGACCCAACAUGAUCUAUAUCUAUCAUGUAGUAUGGCUAUAUCUGGGGGGAAAUUCCGUGAAUAAAAGUUUAGGUUUCUGAGGGGGCCUGUGACCUGACCGCUGCCCCACAGUGACUGAGCAGGAGGAUGGCUUCGUCCCACCAUGGAGGUCUGCAGCCAGUUUCUGCUGCCUCCUGCUGCUCUGGGGCCACCGUGUGGCAAAGGAUCCAUUCAAACAAAGGACUCAACUUCUUACCAUAAAUUUUUGCACUAGAAUGUUAUGUCUCUGUCUCUCCUCUCCCUAUCUGUCUCUAAGUCUCGGUGUGUCUCUCUCUCUCUCUCUCUCUCUCUCUCUCUCUCUCUCUGUUUUUGUCUGUCUGUCUGUGCUGAAGGACAUUUCGGAAACGGACAGUAAAAAUCUGGUGGGGAAAAUAUAACGAUGUUGGAACAUUGAGGUUUUAUUUCUUUGGUUUUAUUUUUUUAUCGAAGCGAUGCUUUUGGUUGGCCAGCACCUACGAUUUUCAGCCUCUGUUGGCUCUUCUUCGGAUUCCAUGUGUUACGAAGAGGUCUUUAGCCAGUAGGUUUUCCAACCCUUCUCCAUGUUGGUAUUUAGGUAUAUUUAGCUUAUUUAAACUCGUAUAUCAAAGCAGAACUUUACUAUAUGGUUAUUAAGCGUCUCCAUUUAUACUAAAUAGGCGUGAUUAUCGUUUUUUUGAACAUGAAGGUUCAUUCGUGCAAUGCUCUCCUGAAGCUCUUCAUGUCUCUUCUUUGGGUGACCAUACACUAGCUAGCUAUCUCCAUAAAGGCGCACGUUUGAGGGCCACAUCGGAUAAUUUAUUUUAACCAAUAUGGGUAUCAAAACUCAGAAGAUUACUCCCCCUUUUUCUAUUUUCAAUAAGAACUUAUAUCAGGAUGAGGUUUGAGAAGGAUUCGGAUUGAGAAGGAAAGGAAACGUUUUCUUAUUUUUUGAAGAGCAAUAAUGUGAUUUAUUUUAAAGGACCUUACAAUUACAUACUAUAAAAUGUUUUAUUCCUGUUCAUCCCUUUUCGUUUUUUUAUCCAUUUUCAAAUUCUAAGCAGAAAGAGACAUGUUUAUACUAUAUUAUUGUGCAUAAUAAAUGAUUUCAGCAGAGGGAUUGGUCUGAACCUGGUGAUAAUUCAAACAAGCCAUUUGAGAAAGAAUGUCAGGCCUUUAUCAAGCGUGCCUUGCAUCAUCACUAUUGUUAAACGUGUGCUCAAUGUGAUCAUAUAGUCAUUGUUGACAAUGAAAAGUGUAAGGUGAACCGUUUAUUGUAAGACAAUGUUUUUUUAUUCAGGAACAUAGAUUCUUCUGCAAAAAAGACCUUAUAUAUUUUUGAAAUAAUUGGACUAAAGAAUUGCUGUACAUACACAAAUGUACAAUGAAAAUAAAUAAAUAAAAUCUGCAUUCCUUGCCUUCAAAUGUGUCUGCCCAGAAGCUAAAAAGCAAAGAACCAUCCAUGGUAGUUGUAUGUAUACUACAAUGGUAAGCAUGCUGAAAUUCAAGUGCUUCUAGAAAUCUUAUUCAGAGUAAAACAAUAUCAAUAUUUCAAUAUAAAAUAUUUGAAAAUCUAAAGUAAAAUUCAAGCCAGAAAAAAGACUGACUAGACUAAAUUAAAAAGCAAAUUGCACAAAUAAUUAUUCUACCUACAUCAGUUAAAAUAUAAAUUGUAACAAGUUCAUAUUGCAAAGCUUUGUGACCACACAAAUAUUCCCUUCCCACUGGAAGUCCCUUCUCGCCACCCUCAAGUGUUUUCUAAACAGCGCAGGGGCCAGCGGCUCCGCUUUCUCGGGUGAAGGAGGAUGAAGGGCACGUCUCAUAGACCCCUGGCGACCCACAUCCACUUUCCCCAAGGGGAAACGUCCCAGACCCCCGGCGACCCACAUCCACCUCCCCAAAGUCAGUUUCAUUAAGUGCGACGAGUGAGCUGCAUUGCCAAUGCGAUGAACGUAGGCCUGCCCAGAGCCAUAGAGAGAUCUCUAUCACUCUGGGCCUGCCUAUAUAUUAAUAUAUGCCCAUGUAAUAAUAAUAAUAAUAAGACGUCCGAUUAUUGUAGCUCCUCCAAUGUGACUCACCAACAGUUUUUAUAGACCAAACUCGCCCCAUGCUUUUGACAGGUUGGCAUAUGUCAACGCUUCAGUGUAAAUAGACAUGGCGUUUUCCCCUAUUCUUGUUCAAUUGUUACAUACAUUACAUUUGGAGUCCAUAGCAAAGCAGGCCUUGCUCCACCCAUAGAAACACAACUCUAUGGCUAAAACUUUCCUAUAAUAACCAGAGAAAUUUCUGAAUGACCUUACACGAUCCUAGGGAACUGACAUCAGCUUGAGAAGAAUGGAGGGUCGUGGUGUUUUGGAUGAGGUUAGGGCCAAACGAAGCAUGAACCAGUCAGAAGAUGAAGGGAACACUGUUAAAUACAUUUGUCUUGAAGCUCAAUGCCCCCCCAAAAAAUCACAAAUAGUUUUAGAUUCCCGUUGGUUGUAUGUAGACCAGGAGGGCAGAGUAGCCUACAAGAAAUGCCCAUUAUUAUAAAUGUAUGACCAUCUUUCUAACUAUAAGAAAAAGGAAGGUCUGCAAACUGUUUAAAUGCUCCAGAAGUG